UUAAAAAAGCAGCCACGGCCGCUCGCGUCGCGAAUCGGAUGGGAUGUGUCAAAAUUUCAGAAAUCCUCUCAAAUUGAAAUUUUAAUUGCCUCACGCAAAGUAAGAUUUUGUUGUAACUUAAAUGAUGUGCGUUUCCGUAAUAAUGAAAAAACAUUCGCUGGAGUACCUUAUUAUCAAGUGAUGCCAUUGCAAGCGUUCUAAUACCCCGUUAGUGAAGAGAAUUGUUGUUUUCAUUUGUAUGUCAUCGGAGUUCGGUCAAAAAUGGCUGCUCAACGACACAAGUCGCAACAGAAGAACAUUUCCUCGAUAUUUUCCAAGCUCCACGGCGCAUUUAGCGACGCCGUGUGCCCCACGAAGCUAGCGACAGACAAACGGACAUUAGACAAAACGUGGAAACUCAUGGACAAAGUGGUGAAGUUGUGUCAACACCACAAAAUGAAUCUGAAAAACAGUCCCCCGUUCAUCCUCGAUAUUUUACCGGAUACGUACCAGAGACUGCGAGUGAUCUACUCCAAGUAUGAGGACAAUAUGCAGGCGUUAAACAGCAAUGAGCACUUUAAUAUAUUUAUAAUAAAUUUGAUUAAAAAGUGUAAGCAAGCCAUCAAGUUGUUUAAGGAAGGAAAGGAGAAGAUGUUUGAUGAGAACUCACACUAUAGACGGAACCUGACGAAGCUCAGCCUGGUGUUCAGCCACAUGCUCAGCGAGCUGAAAGCGAUGUUCCCGAGCGGGGUGUUCGCCGGCGACCAGUUCCGUAUCACUAAGAGUGAUGCCGCAGAGUUCUGGAGAUCCAAUUUUGGGAACAGCACACUGGUGCCCUGGAAGAUAUUUCGCGAGGAGCUCAAUAGCGUGCACCCCAUCUCCAGCGGGCUCGAGACUAUGGCGCUCAAGACCACGAUAGACUUGACAUGCAACGACUUCAUAUCCAACUUCGAGUUUGACGUUUUCACACGCCUAUUCCAACCGUGGGGCACCCUCCUGCGCAACUGGCAGCUGCUCGCGGUUACCCACCCCGGCUACGUGGCUUUCCUGACUUACGACGAGGUGAAGGCUCGCUUGCACAAGUACAUACACAAGGCUGGGAGCUAUGUGUUCAGAUUAUCGUGCACCCGCCUCGGCCAGUGGGCCAUCGGCUAUGUGACAGCCGACGGGGAGAUCCUGCAGACGAUACCACAGAACAAGAGUUUGGUGCAGGCGCUUUUGGAUGGAUACCGGGAGGGAUUCUACUUGUACCCGGACGGGCGGGAUUCGAACCCUGAUCUCAGCAGCGCGAUCAUCUCGCCCUCCGAGGACCACAUCACCGUCACGCAGGAGCAGUACGAGCUGUACUGCGAGAUGGGCAGCACAUUUCAGCUGUGCAAGAUCUGCGCUGAAAACGACAAGGACAUCCGGAUUGAGCCGUGCGGCCACCUGCUGUGCACGCCCUGCCUCACCGCCUGGCAGAUUGACUCAGAAGGCCAGGGCUGUCCGUUCUGCCGCGCGGAGAUCAAGGGCACGGAGCAGGUCGUAGUCGACGCGUUCGUGCCGCCGCGCGCGCCGACCGACCACAAAUCAACUAAGACUGCAGUGAAACCGGUGUCGUCUAAUUCGUCCGGGUCAUCCGGAUCUUCUGGGUGUAAUGGGUCAAGCUCAACAGACGCGACGUCAAACAGCGCUAACGGCUGGGCUCGGAACACGGCGUUCAACGGACUCACCGACGACAUUGACGACGCAGAGGACUGGGCAGAAUUCAACGCGGCCACUUCAACCAUCGAUUCUCUCCGCCCCGCCGCAGUAAGAUCGCCUCUAGCGUCUCCCAGAGCACCUAGGAGGGUGCCCCCGUCCAAUGAGAAUGCGUACGGGGAACUCCGGGCCCCCCCGUUACCCCCUAGGAAGAGUCUGUCCCCGGGGGAGACCGGGCUGGUUAGUGCCGAGAGCGCGCAUGAUAUUAGGGUGGCUAAACAUGAGCCCCGCCGUAGAUCUCUAGAACCAGAGCCGGACGUCCGGCAUCGACUGACGUCCGUCAUCACCGGGUCCACCGAGACCAUCACCGGCAUCAUCGACACACGACACGAGGUCCCGCCAGACCCUAGAAGCUUCGAGAAGCCCCGUCGAGCCUGCACCCCGCAAACCAACAGCCGGCCCCUCCCCGCGCCCCCGCUCGAGAGAACACCCCCCCUAGACCCCUCAAACCUCACCACGGAGAUACGACAAAUGUCCGUAGAAAACCGACAUUCGCCCCAAGAAAGACUGUCUCAGGAACCGCCUAAUAGAUCACAAGAGACAAGACAGAAUUAUCCGGAAAGAAUAGCGUCAGAACCGCGAAUACCUCAUUUAGAGCCUAGAACUGUCACGCAACCGGAAACGCUACCUCAAGUGGAACACAGACUUGUACAGCCGCCAGAAUCGAGAAUACAACACUCAGAAUCAAGAAUACAGCACUUAGAAUCGAGGACACAACAUUCAGAAUCCAGAAUACAACACUCAGAAUCAAGACCUCAACUACCAGAGCCAAAAAUACAACACUCAGAACCAAGACCUCAACUACCAGAGCCUAGAAUACCACAUACAGAAAGAGCGCAGCAUUCGGAAGCGAGAUUGCAACAUUUAGAAUCAAGAAUACAGCAAUCGGAAGCACGAGUUCAACACUCAGAAUUGAGAGUACAACAGUCAGAAUCUAGAGUACAACACUCAGAAUCUAGAGUACAGCACUCAGAAUCCAGAAUACAACACUCAGAAUCAAGACCUCAACUCCCAGAACCGCGACAUACGGAAAGAUCGGAUCACGCGCAAGCUAGAAUACCGAAUUCAGAGUCUCGAAGUAAUUUUGUAUCUGAACAUAAGCCGAGUCAGCCUCCAAGACAGAGAUCCUUGCCUACCUCAGCUAGUAUAGGUGAUGUUAAACCAACCAAGUCUGUUACGAUGCCAAAGUUUCCUUCGCAAGAUAUAAAAGAUCCUCAGUACGAGAAUGUGGAAGUGGAAAGAAGAGAAGAAUUGGCAGCCGCAGCCAAAAAAUUCAACCCACUGACACACGACAAGCACGGGCGGAAAUACGGCGAAAAUGUCUCGUACGAAAAUAUAAAUUUAGAUUACAUUGCACGUUUAGUGGGCGAGGGCUACCCCAAAGAUAUAGUCGUACGAGCAUUGGGCAUCACACGGAACGAUCUAGAGAUGGCCUGCGAUAUAUUACACGAGUUCGGGGCAAAAGUACCCAGUGGUUGUUAGCAAAAUACAACGCCGAGAAUGUAUUUAAAAAAUGUGUUCUGGGAACUGUAUGUUUUUUAGUCAUUGUUAAAAAUACAGCUGUCAGAACAUGUUGGCAUCUUGCGAUUGUAUUCGAAUCUGAGGAUUGUAUUUAUGCGAGGUGUAUAUCAAUGUUGGGACGGUAUUUGUAAAGCUGCUUGAUUUCUUAUGAAUUAGUAAUAGUCUUCAUAGUUUUAUUGAUAAUAAGGAUAUAAUUAGGCUGGUGUAUGUUAUUGGAUUUUCAAUAAAAGCAGCUAUUUGGUGACGUCUAAACUAAAUGUAAAUAAUAUUAAAAUUUGCCUCGAUAUUGGUAUAAAACUUCAAUAUUUUAUGUCUUGUAAAUUUUUGGAUAAUAUUUUAAAUAAGUUUUGACCCCCUUUAAGAAUUUCGCAAACCAUUUUUGAUGUUUUGAUCAUUGAUAAAUUUUACCUAAAUAAUAAUUGUGUAAGUCGUUUUGCAAUCGCUGUAUAUAUCUAUAGAUUUAGGUAGGACUAGCCAAUAAAUAACGUUGAAAACAGUGUGAUAGUAUUAUAUAGGUCUAUAUAUCAUGCAAUGUUCAAAAAUCUUUUCGAUUUUACGAAAAAUACUACGAUCAGUGAGAUAUAGGACAUAAUAAGUACCGAUUAAGUAUCGCUGUUAUGUAUGAAACCACUAUCUUUAACGUCUUCGUAAUAAGUGCUACUUUUCAACGAAUGCCGAUUUUAUUUUCUUAACUGCAGUUUUAAAUAUUGAGUGACCGCACUACAUAAUAGAACUGUAAACCAGACAUCUAAUUUAUAAUCUCCUAAGGGUGAGGCCCCAUUGGUGCGUUGUGUCGUCGCUGCCAUACAUUUAUAUGACCGUUCCUUUAGGACGUCGCGACGCAACGCAACAAUGGGGCCUUGAGGUAAUAUUUUCUACAUACACAAUGAUUUGUGUUACAUUGAAACCGUUUAUUUACUUAACUAUGGGCCUGAUUCACAAUGUCUGGUUAGUGGCUACCUGUGAGAUAAAAUACAUGCUGUCACUGUCUAAAAAAAUAUUACA